AUGCACUGUAGCUGCGGAGAUUUGGGCCGUGCAGAGCCCUUUGGCGAGCUACUUCGAGCAGCUAGCCUUCCACAUCAGCAGCACCUGCAGCAGCUGCAGCAGCAACAGUUCCAGCAGCACCUGCAGCUGCAGCUGCAGCAGCUGCCACUUCCGCAGCACUACAUACACAGACCAUGCAUGCAGCACCAGCAACCACAGCAGGUGCCACAGCAGCGGCUAUCGCAACAGCAGCAGCAGCUGCCGCCGGCUCAGCAGCAGCUUCUGGAGCAGCAGCAGCACCACCACGUGCUUCACGAAGGUUGCCUGCAUUCUAUAAAUAAGCGGGUAGAUGUGGAGCGCUUUGCUGCUGCUGCUGCAGCGGAAGAGCCGCCCUUGCGGCGUGGCUGCCGAGAGACACAUCCUCUAAUGCAGCAGCUGCUGGAAUACCAGCGGCAGCAGGAGCAGAUGCUACAGCAGCAACACCUGCAACAGCUGCAGCAGCUCGAUCAACUGCUACAGCCAGACACUCAAAACAGCGUAUCUUCCCAGCCCCCUGGGUUUGUACAACAGCAGCAGCAGCAGCAACAUGAGUGUAGGAGCGGAUCCAUAUGCAAGGAAGCUGCGCACCAGCAGAUCCAGAGAAGUGGAUUGGAAGGAUCGCAGAAGCACCAACUGCAGCAGCAAUCGUCGCAGCAACCUCCGCCGCCCCUGCCGCAGCGGAAGCAGCAGCCACAACAGCAGCAGCAGUUACCACCAAAGCAACAGCAGCCGCAGCAGCAGCCGCAACAACAACCGCCACUUCUGCAAAGUCCUAAAUUGGAGGGAAGGCGGCUACUGCUGCCAGCAGCAGGUCUACGGGAAAGGAGGAGGCAGAGUGCAUCUUCUCUCAGCCCGCUGCUACCAACCCCGCCACAGCCGCUGCCGCAGCUGCAGCAGCAGCAGCAGCUGCCUCACAGGCGCAUGCACAGCAGCAAACCACACAUCGAGAGGAUGUCUGAGUUGCGUUACUUCCACAAGACGCAGGACAGGAAAAUUAAUACGCGCUUGCCGAGCCCAGAGGAAGGAGCAGCAGGCUGCGCCAACUCGCAGCAGCUUCUGAGGCAGCAGCAGCAGCAGAAGGCACAGAAGCAGCAGACGUACAAGCAGCAACAGAACAAGGGCCAAGAAAAGCUACAUCAGAAGCAGCAGCAGCAGCAGCACUCGCAACAGGAAGAAGUGCAGCAGCAGCUGCAGCAGCAAGACGGCCAGCAGCAGCAUGUGGACAAGCAGCAACAGGAAAAGCAGCAGCAGCAGCAAGAGGACAGUGCAUUGAAGACCUCUUCGCCUUCGUGCAGCCUGUCUCCUCAGCAAGAGGCUGCAUUGGCGCAGCUUCUGCAACAGCGCAGCAAGAGGGUUAGGGUGGAGCAAGUGGUGCUGCGACUGCUGCGAGACAUGCAGUGCCGUAAGGGUAAGAUUUCCUACAAGCAGCAGGAGCAAUUGCAGCAGCUUCUUCUGCUGCAGCAAGUGUUGCUGCAACAGCAGGCGCAAAUGUGGGACACUGCGUUGUUGCUGCGGGCCUUGAACGGAAGCGCGCAGGUGCAGAUGCAAAUGCAGCAGCUGCAGCAGCAACAACAACUGCAGCAGCAGCAGCAGCUGCAGCAACAGCAGGAACAGCACGGACAGCAACAGCACGCGUUCGAGUGCGAAGUGAAAAAUAGUCUUAGCCGCAUCCGGCUACAGCAGCAAAACCACCACAAGUUGGUGAUGCAGAUGCAGCAGCAAGUAGCAGCAAGUCGUGCUGAUGUGUUGCAGGCAACCGCAGCGCAGCAGAAACUGAAGCAGCGACUGCAGCAGCUCAACGUCGAGUUCAGCAGACUGUCCUUUGGAAGCUCUGAUGACAUGGGGGAGGUCGAGAAGCAGCAACAGCAGCUGCGGCAGCAGCAACAGCAGGUGCACGAGCAGCAGCAGGUACUCCAGCAGCUACAACAAAUACGACAGCAGAUGCACCAAGAUGUUGCCGCAGCAAGACACAUCAGCCGCUGUCUCAGGCUGGAGGCGUCAGCUUUGUACGACAGACGCAGAAGAGCACACAGGCGCAGCAGUGUUCUCAAAGGCCCGCGUCGAAACGGAGCGCCUCCUGUUGAAGCAGCACCAGCAGCUGGAGCUGCUGCUGCUUCCCCAACAGCAGCUGCAGCCGCACCAAGACCGACAACGCCAGCUUCCUUGUAUGCCCGAAAUAAUGCGGCGGGCUUCUAA